CUCGCCCCGUCUCUGCCAUGCAAAGCGAGGAGGGAGCUAGAUGAAGGAAUCCGUCUUGUAAAGCCAUUGGUCCUGGUCAUCAGCCUCUACCAAUGCGUUCCCGAUGCUGCGGCUGAUCUAUUUGGGAAGUUGGCUGGCUGGCGAGGCAGCGCCGCUCCUCCAAGCCCGGCUCCCACGGAAAACAUGCUCAGCGCCGCGGCGGGCGUGAACGCCGCCACCGCCGCCGGGCGCGUCUAGUCGGGCACCAUGCAGCCGCCAACUCCGCUCCUCCUGGCGUGCGCCCUGCUGUCCCAGGUGCUGCUGACAUCUGCCGGGGACUUGGACUGCACCCCCGGAUUCCAGCAGAAAGUGUUCCACAUCAACCAGCCAGCGGAAUUCAUCCAGGACCAGGCGGUUCUCAACCUGACCUUCAGCGACUGUAAGGGAAACGCCAAGCUGCGCUAUGAGGUCUCCAGCCCCCACUUCAAGGUGAACAGCGACGGCAGCUUAGUCCCGCUGAGGAACAUCAGUGCGGUGGGCCGGACUCUGUUCGUCCACGCCAGGACUCCCCAUGCAGAGGACAUGGCAGAACUUGUGAUCGUCGGAGGAAAAGACAUCCAGGGCUCCUGGCAGGACAUAUUUAAAUUUGCAAGAACCUCUCCUGUCCCGAGACAAAAGAGGUCCAUCGUGGUAUCUCCCAUUUUAAUCCCGGAGAAUCAGAGACAGCCCUUCCCAAGAGAUGUUGGCAAGGUGGUCGACAGCGACAGGCCCGAGGGCUCCAAGUUCCGGCUCACCGGGAAGGGAGUGGAUCAAGAGCCCAAAGGGAUUUUCAGGAUCAACGAGAACACAGGCAGCGUCUCCGUGACACGGACCCUGGACAGAGAAAUGAUCGCCACCUACCAACUGUUUGUGGAGACCAUCGAUGUCAACGGCAAAUCCCUGGAAGGCCCGGUGCCCCUGGAAGUCAUCGUGAUCGAUCAGAAUGACAACAGACCCAUCUUCCGGGAAGGCCCCUACAUCGGACACGUGAUGGAGGGCUCGCCCACAGGGACCACGGUGAUGCGCGUGACGGCCUUCGACGCCGACGACCCCGCCACGGACAACGCCCUCCUGCGCUACAACAUCCGGCAACAGACGCCCGACAAGCCGUCGCCCAACAUGUUCUACAUCGACCCCGAGAAGGGGGACAUCGUCACCGUGGUGUCCCCCGCGCUGCUGGAUCGGGAGACUCUGGAAAACCCCAAGUACGAGCUGAUCAUCGAAGCGCAGGACAUGGCUGGACUGGACGUGGGGUUGACCGGUACAGCCACGGCCACGAUCGUGAUCGAUGACAAAAACGACCACUCGCCAAAAUUCACCCGGAAAGAGUUUCAAGCAACGGUGGAGGAAGGAGCCGUGGGAGUUAUCGUGAACUUGACCGUGGAGGACAAGGACGACCCCACCACAGGCGCGUGGAGGGCCGCUUACACCAUCAUCAACGGGAACCCCGGGCAGAGCUUUGAAAUCCACACCAACCCGCAGACCAACGAGGGGAUGCUGUCAGUGGUCAAGCCCCUGGACUACGAGAUCUCGGCCUUCCACACCUUGCUGAUCAAAGUGGAGAACGAGGAGCCGCUGGUCCCCGACGUCUCCUACGGCCCCAGCUCCACGGCGACCGUCCACAUCACCGUCCUCGACGUCAACGAGGGUCCCGUCUUCUACCCGGACCCCAUGCUGGUGACCAAGCUGGAGAACACCUCCGUGGGCAGCGUGCUGCUCACGGUGAACGCCACGGACCCCGACUCGCUGCAGCACCAGACCAUCAGGUAUUCCCUGUACAAGGACCCAGCAGGCUGGCUGAAUAUCAACCCCAUCAACGGGACUGUGGACACCACGGCCGCGCUGGACCGGGAGUCCCCCUUCGUCCACAACAGCGUCUACACCGCCCUCUUCCUGGCCACCGACAGCGGCAACCCCCCGGCCACUGGCACGGGGACCCUGCUGAUCACCUUGGAAGACGUGAAUGACAACGCCCCGGUCAUCUACCCCACCGUGGCAGAAGUCUGCGAUGACGCCAAAAACCUCAGUGUGGUCGUGUUGGGAGCAUCAGACAAGGAUCUCCACCCAAACACAGACCCCUUCAAGUUUGAAAUCCAGAAGCAAAGCGUCCCCGACAAGGUCUGGAAGAUCUCCAAGAUCAACAGUACACACGCCCUGGUGAGCCUUCUUCAGAACCUGAACAAAGCAAACUACAACCUGCCCAUCAUGGUGACGGACUCCGGGAAGCCCCCCCUGACCAACGUCGCCGAGCUCAGGGUGCACGUGUGCUCCUGUAAGAACUCCAAAGUGGACUGCAACGCCGCCGGCACCCCGCGCCUCGGCCUCUCCUCGCUCCUGCUCCUCCUGCUCCUCAGCGGGGCCGAUCUGUGAGAACUCCUGACAUCGGAAGCUUGACUCCCAAGUUUCCAUAGCAACAGGAAAAAGAAAGAAAGAAAAAAGUCUAUCCAAAUCUGAAGGUUGCCGUUUACAGCUAUUGAACUUCACAACUAGGCCUCAAUCGCUCCGCAUUUUCAUUUCCUUUAUCAUUUCACUCAGUUCAGACUUCAUCAAGGUUUUGACAGCAUCUUCCUUCCUCCUCCUCUUCAUGGAAUCCUCCGCCCUUCCCCCUGAAUGGUUAAGGAUCAUGACUGGGAACUCGACCUUCCGGGAGCAGGAACAAUGACUACUUCUUCUCACGUGCUGCCAUGUUGCUAGCCAGUGCUCCAUUCACGCAGCUGUGUCUGUGGGUUCGUAUUUGUAUAUGUAUGAGUAUCUGUAUGUGUAUAUACACGGUAUUUAUAGAGAGAGACUGUUCAGGAGAAGCCUGGUUCUGAAAGGUUAGAUGGGGGGGGGGGCCGGGUGACGUCAGCCAGGCCCCCUCCGGCCCCUCACCGAAACACGCAACACCGGGACAGAGCGGUCGCCUUCGCUCGCACUGACCUGCCAGCCCGGCAGGUCCACGGAUGGGGAAGGCAGGAAAGGAAGUCCCUUCUCUUGUGUAUGAGGACUGCCACCAGUUCCCACUGCCACCAAACGCCGUGACCCCGAGCCCGGGUGACGAGGUGCAGAGCAGGAAACCUUGCCAUCAGAGCUAAGAAAAGGGCUGAAAUCUCUCACGGCACCCCGAACCCACCUUCCCCCAGUGCUUCUGGCCCGUGGGUGCCGGGGGAGGGUCCCUCCCGCCUCGGUGGACGUGCGCUGACACGCGCCAUCGUGGAGAGUCGCACGCGCACACCGAGAGCCCAGCGGGCACCAUCGUGUAUACACAUAUAGACCCACAUGUAUAGACCUUGUACACACCCACACCGUUUGUUUCAUAUAUACAGGCAUAAAAUAGAGUAAAUACAGGUAGUUUUAAAAAGUACCCUUUUGUGUGACUCAACCACCGUCGUUCUUCGCAAACCUGAGAAUAAACGAUGUUCGUGGUGUAUAAAAAGUAAUUGGCUUGUAUUCUGUGAGCACAUAAUGGAAACCGGAAAGUCAGUGCUUGCGCCAAGAUUCUCUUCUCCUUGAUGAACUGUAAAUGAACCGUCCAAGCUCACACCAAAUUUUUCUAUCGAAUGAAACUAGUGACAGCCUGUGGCUUUUUAAUAGAGCUUGCCACAAACUAGGGUAAGGUAAGUGUCUUAGCAUAUUUUAAUGCAGUUGCUUACUAAAGUUUUAACCACACACGUGUGCACACACACGUGCACGCACACGCUUCCUUAUGCAAUCUAUGUUUGCCCCGUGCUUUUCAGUUAUCCUUCCGUAGCAAGUAGAAGUCACCUGUCGUCUUUGUUGUAGUGGAAUUAUACAGCUAGAGUUUCACAUAUUGUAUUUGUUUCAAUAGUAAAUCUUUUUGGAAAAUAUAGAAUGCAGAGGUUUGUUUUUCCAUUCAAAUAAAUGGGUAUCGGUGGUUAAGACUGCUGGGCAGUA